ACGAGACGUCUCUGGAGGCCGGAGUGAAGGUCCAGAUCCACAGUCAGGACGAGCCACCACUUAUAGACCAAGUGGGCUUUGGCGUGGCCCCCGGAUUCCAGACGUUUGUGUCAUGUCAGCAGCAGCAGCUGACGUAUCUGCCCCCGCCAUGGGGGGAUUGUAAGGACACGCCCUUCAAAUCACCCUACUACCCCAGCUACAGUAUAACGGCCUGCCGCAUCGAAUGCGAGACCCGCUACAUCCUGGAGCAGUGCAAAUGCCGCAUGGUCCACAUGCCAGGUGAUGAGAAGGUCUGCACCCCCGAGCAGUACAAGGAUUGCGCAGACAAAACUCUGGAUGAAAUCGACCAGGAAAGUGGUGAUUCGGUGUGCACCUGCCAGACGCCGUGUAAGAUGGUCCGCUUUGGGAAGGAGUUGUCCAUGGUGAAGAUCCCCAGCAAGGCCUCCUCCGCAUAUCUGGCAAAGAAAUACAACAAGACUGAACAGUACAUUGCGGAAAACAUUCUCGUGUUGGAUAUCUUCUUUGAGGCUCUGAACUUCGAAACCAUUGAACAGAAGAAGGCGUACGAGGUGGCCGGCCUGCUGGGUGACAUCGGGGGUCAGAUGGGGCUGUUCAUUGGGGCCAGUAUCCUCACCAUUCUGGAGAUCUUCGAUUACCUGUACGAG